AUGGAUGCAACGUGCCGCUCUUCCCCUUCAGCCCACUUGUUCCUCUCUCCACAACAAACCGCCACCAAUAUGGGUCAGAACUUGGCUUCAACUAUGUCACAAUCCCAGGAAUUGUACCAUAAACUAGACCCUACAGUGAAACAAAUCCGUCUCGUUACUAUCAGACCUGGUGGAUGGACAGAUGACAUACAGUGCACACUUCGACAAUCAUCACUAGCCAAAUCAGGGCCCUAUGAAACUCUAUCCUAUGUCUGGGGAGAUGUUACAAAUACAAAGGAUAUUAUAGUGAAUGGAAUGACCUUCAACGCCACGGUGAACCUCGAAUCAGCACUCCGUCAUCUACGCCGUGACACUCCACGGACUAUGUGGAUUGAUGCGAUAUGCAUCAAUCAGCUAGACCUGGAAGAGCGCGCUUCACAAGUGGGCUUCAUGCGUGAUAUCUAUCAGGGAAGUACCUUGACCGUUAUAUGGCUCGGUGAUGGGGAUGAACGUGUCGAGUCACUAUUUGAUCUCGCUCGAAAGUUUCACGAUGAAAGCUACACAGGUUCGCUUGCACAAGAGAAUGUGGUGCGCCUGAGAGAUUUUAUUCACAACGAAGAUCGAUCGCACAGCUUGGAAUUCCUGGCAACAGACAUAUUGAGACGACCCUGGUGGACCAGAGCAUGGGUGCUUCAAGAGGCCGUGGUAUCUACGGAACUACUAGUGAAAUGUGGAAAUCACGAAAUUGCGUGGGAGUCCUUGUGGUGGCUUACCAUUACUGAAUACAAGGGCACACACCUUCGAUUUCCUGUCCGAGUCUCGGCCGGGGAGCUUGAAAAACUGCUGAAGAUCCAGAUAAUGAGGGAUGCGACCAAGAGAGGCCAUGAGAUAUCACUUACGCAACUCGUUGCUUGGAAUAGACGGCAGCAGUCAACGGAUCCCAGGGACAAGAUAUUCAGCCUCCUUGGCUUGGUACGUGGCUUUCCGGAAUACCCUAUAUAUCCUGACUAUUCUGUGAAUAACACACUACUGGUUGUGUGUCUUUGCCUUGUAGAGCAGUCUAUCAGGAAUGGUAGCCUGGAUGUUAUAUCCUUAAGCCAAGGAAGUGAGAAACCCCAGUGGCCAUCUUGGGUACCUGACUGGGAUGUUUACUCGAGCGAAAGAUCCAAGACUGCGAACCCCUUGGUUUGCUUAUAUGCAGGUGGGGAGCAAUUAGAGGCAAGAGACCUUUCGUCUAGUUUCGCAUCCGACUAUGACGCAUCUCGGUCACUGUCGCCUCGAUUCAGAGUUCAUCUCAACCCACCGGCCUUAAGCGUUGUGGGCACUUCGGUCGACACCAUUGAUUGCCUAGCGGCAACAUACCAGCCCGAGAAACAUGAGCAAUGGGCAUCAUCGAGAUGUGAUCCGUGGGUGACCCUCUUAAUGUCUUAUUUUGAGGGCGCAUCUCAUAUUUCGGAACUGUCAAGCUGGAGAUAUGCGGCUCACAAAUUUCGAUAUUCCGUGCCGAUGAAUGGAUUUGGGUCGAAUAUGCAUACGGAAAUGAAGGCUUAUGUGUCGAUGGCCAUCAAAGUAAUGAAAAAGGCGAGGGAGUUGAGAGAUGGCUGUAACUACGUGGGCGGGGGCUCGUUGGCCGAUGCAUACUUUCGAACACUGAUGGCAGAUACAAUAGCCAUUGGCUACAGAAAAUCAGAUCCCCUUGAGCCCCUUUAUCUCGACGAACUUGUCAAAGGCGUGUCUGCAUCACGUUAUAAAAUCUCCGAAGAAGAUGAUACUGGCGAUGUCCUUGGCGAGCAUUUCUUAGAGAUGUACUGCACUUACGCGUCAAUAUUUGAUUCGACUAUUACCAGGGCAACCUCAUACCGUCGACUGAUAAUCUCCUCAAAGGGUUACAUAGGUCUUGUACCACCAAAGACUCAGGCAGGAGACCUCAUAUGUGUUCUUUUUGGUUGCUCUGUUCCUGUCAUCCUACGCAAGCAAGGGGAUAACUAUAUCUUCGUUGGUGAGAGUUAUGUGCAUGGCAUCAUGGAUGGGGAAGCAAUCGAGCAGAUGAAUAAGGGAUUAUUGGUCGAAGAGGAGUUUACUCUAGUAUAA